UGGCGGCCGCCGCGUCAUCGGCGGUGCCAAAAUCAAUAAUCAGUAUUGUUUAUCGAUUUUUUUUCCCCAACGUUUCCGACAUCGGGCGCGCGUUUCCCGCAUAUACAGAGGACCCCGUGUGCAGUGCGUGACCGUAUAUAUGCGUUAGCCGACCGUUUUCACGCGGACUCGUCGUUGACCGGUCGCCGUAAUCGCGUCGCGCAGCUACGGAGCAAUUGGACCGAGAAGCAGUUUGAGGAUCGCCGUCGAGGAGCAGGGCAAAACCGCCAAGGUAAAUAAAUACUAUAAACAACAUAAUGUUGUGCCUAUGUAUAUAUUAUACAUCUUCGAUUUGCCGCCACUGACUCUAUGACGAACAUGCUGUGUAAAAAGUUCGUCCGGAAACCGGUUGACUGACAAAAAUACAUAUAGGAUCCAGCUAGUGCUGGUUGCACAUUUUCAAGGUAUUAAUUUUUCUCAGUUCAAAUAAAAGCUGCUAAAACCGAUUUGCCCGUGGGUUUUACAUAGGCAAUAAGUAAAUGCCAUAAUUAUAUAAGUUUUAUAUAAUAAUAAUUUAUGUACCUAUAUGAGCAGUUAAAGGGUUUAUAGGCGCGAAAUUGUAGCACAUUCGAAUCGAAAACGCUGAAACAUGUGCCGUUUCAUUUCGUAGACGAUGUUUUAACGUACUUACGUUGAGGGAUAGGGUACUUUAUUAUAUUACACAGCAAGUGUGGUAAGAAGAUAUAUGUACUACAAUAUAAAUAUAUCUAUUUACUUACCUAUUAUUCUUCUUAAAUAUCUAUAUUUUUUUUAAUCGGAUUAUCAUGUAUAAUAAUCCGCAUGAUAUAUAUUUAUUACGCUUAAAUUAUAUAUUUAAAAAAAAGAACCCAUUUGGCAGCUUAUUUAUUGCUAUAAAAUGCAUAGUUAUACCUAGGUAUUAAUAUUAUUAAUUGUUAUACAUUACUUGCCUAGUUUUUUUGAUUUUUCAAAUAAAUUUAAUCAAUCCUCGUAUUUAAUGUUAGAUAUUCGGUGUUAUUAAGAAAUAAAUUCACGAGACUCAAAAUCAUAACUAUUAUGACCCUCCCAAAUAUUAAUUGGGCCUAUAUGCGUACGCGUUAAAUGUCACACGUGUUAUAAGGUUUAUGUACACAAUUUUCAUUUUUCUUUCCAAAACUAUAUAAUAUAUAAAUACUAUAAAGUAUAAUCGUCGUAUAAUUCAAUACUAGCAUAAAUACGUUCAGGUGCCUGUUUAAUUAAAAUAAUAUAAUAUCGUACUUGUAAAUAAAUAAGUAAUACUGAAUUAAAAAAGAAUAUAUAUAUGUAUACAUUUUCCGACAGGAAGGCUUUGAAAAUUAAUAUUGGACGAAUUCAAUCAAUAUAAUAUACAAUACUUGAUAUUUGUAUAACAAUUUACCCAUCUACUAUAUUUAUAUAUUACAUUAAUUUCUUUAUUACAAUAAAUAUGUACAUUUUAUAUAAAGUAAUAAGUAAAAUAUGCUUACACACAUGGCCAUGGGUGCUGUAGUACAACUAUAUUAUAACCUAACCGGUAUGACGCGAAAAUUUACCCUUGUGAUAUUUUACCCCCUCCUGACACAAGAAAUAUGGUAAUCACUGGCACACAAUUAACGUAUUUAUUAUUUUAAACUAUUAUAAGUUUACUUUUCUGUAUGAGUUAUUCACUAUCGUCUAUCAAUAAUAAUGUAUACAAAAUAAAUAAUGAAAAUAAUAAAUAAAUUUUUUUUUAUUAUCACCAAGUAAACCAACACAAUUAUACAUAAUAUUAUGAAAUAUUUAACUGUACCUAUACAAUAUGAUAAUAUGUGUUUAAUCUGUUAUUAUCUAUAUAUGAUCAGAAGCGAAAUAGAUUUAACAAUAUAUUGUUUAUAUGUACAACAAUUAUAUUGCCUCUAUAAUAUAUGCAGAAUAACCAAUGAUGUGCGUGUCGCAUAAAACUUUAUUUUUAUUUUUGUACAGAAAAUCAUCUAAGUAUAGUUGCCCUCCCAAUAAAAUGGCCCACCUUGAAAUGUAAAUGAAUAUCUAAUAUGUCUAAUAUAUCGUUUAUAAAAAAAAAAAAAAUAGGCUAACUUAUAAUAUACCUAUUAUAAAAUGAUCAACAUAACGUAAGAGACUCAUUAUCUAUUGGAAAGUGUUAACUUUUUUGGAAUUUGUUUUUUUGAUAGUUUAAGAAUAGUUAAGUAGCUCUAAAAUAUUACAUUAAGAUUAUUAUUUUUUUUGUCUUACUUUUAAGUGGUGAAACUAUUAAUUACUUUUGAUUUUCAAAUAGCAACCUAUACUAUAAUUUUGGAGAUAAUGAGUGUUUUACGCUAUGUUGAUCACCAUGUAUAUCUAUUGGCCGAAAUUUAUGUGGUUAUGUACCUAACAUGUAUAUUUUAAUUCUCAUUUUUAGAGACGUAGGAUUUUCGAUUAAAUUUAACUAUAAUGUUUCUUGAAUAUAAUAAUUAUGCAUAAGUAUUGAUACCCAUAUAAUGUAUUGUCCAUUAUUUUAUAUUUAAAACAUCAUUUUCUUAAGUAUAUAAAUAAUAAAUGUUUAUUAUAUUGGUUAAGUUCUAUAAAUAAAUAAGCUAUAUGAUCCUAUAUAGAAAAGGAUUUUAUGUAUUACUUAUUAAACUAAAGUUUUUUGUUAGUUAAGUAAUUAUAAUGUACAUUUUUUUUUUUUUUUGAACAUAAUCAAUUAUUGCUAAUUUUCUAGUAAAAAAAAAAAUUGAGUUUAAUGUAGUGUUUUUUUUUUAUAAUAUAAUUAUAAUAUCACAUUUUGACGAAAAUCGUUUGAGUAAAAAAUUAUGUGGAACAAAUCUAAUUUUUCAAAAAAAUUGUUUGCUUUAUGAACAUAUAAAUAUAUUGCCGAUUUAGGAACGAUGAGGAAGUCAGAAUUAAGGGGAUUUACUAAGUUUCGAAAUUAUAGCUUUUUGAAGUUCUGAUAUUAUGCAGAUAUUAUAUAUUAUGUUAAAUAAUUCUAUAUUGUAUAAUUUUUAAUCAUAUUUGUAGUGGUUUAAUGGUUAUAUAUGCCUAUUAUCAUCCUAGGGGUCACGUGGUCUAACCAGUGUGUCUAAAAAUAUUUGUUGCAUUUUAUUUCCUUUUUACCUUAACAAGAAAAAAAACAAAUUCAUUUUGGAUGUACCUAGAGACCCAAGCCAUUGCUCCCUCGGAUUAUUUCAAUCGCAAAAUACCAUUCGAUUUGUUGUGCAAACUUUUCUACUUGCUCCGAUGUAUCAAGUGUAGCUUAUUUUCUGAAAGAAAGAUUUAAUUUAAAGAAGUCGUUUUUUCAAAAACCAACUUUUCUACCAGCAAUUUCACUCCGAUUUAAAAUGAUAGCAUUUUUCUGAACGUAAAUCUGACUGUGAAGGUACUUUAAGAAGGUAAUUUUUCGAUUUUCCCAGGAGUUUUUCCAAUAAAUGGGAAAAAUCGGGAAAAAUAUAUUUUUUUAUAUUACAUAUUAUUGUACAUAUUGUAAAAAAAUAUUAUCAAAGAAAAUAUAUAAUACCUAUUUAAUUAUUUUACCAUAAUAUGACUUAUAUAUAUAUAUAUAUUGUUGACAAAAUAUCACUAUCAACUAAAAUGCGCUAAGAAUCGUUUAUUCGUUAGCAAUGGUUUAUCGAUACUUACAGAUAUACAUUCAAUUACCUAUAACAGUGGCUGCACUCGUCUUCAUUAUCUUAGGAUAUAUUUUUUAAAUCAUUAUUUUCCCUAUACACCCUAAGUAUUAAUACUAAAUACUUAAUGAACUUAUUAACUUAACGACAUUAUGGUUAUAAUGACCGUAUUCCAAAAAUAUACCCUCUAUUUUUUCGCACUUUUAGAUUCUGAGUUGAGCGAAAAAGCUUGUGUUAAAUGUUUUUACAAAGAUGUUUAUUUAUUUAUCUGCUAACAACUUUUUCACUAGAAGACUUGCUCGGAUUUCUAAGUAAAGCAGUUUUUCUAAAAGGAAAUCGGUGUGGGGAGUUACUUUACGGAGGUCAUUUUUUGAUUUUAUCAACAUUUUUCUUAUAAAAUUUGAAAAACCCAAAAGAAAAAAAGGGGGAAAUGUACGAAAUAUAUUACUAAAAUAGUACUAUUUUUUUUUUAUGCACAAUUUUCAACCAAGUCAUUUUUCGAUUUUCUCAAAGUUUUUCUUAUAAAAUUUGAAAAACCCAAAAGAAAAAAGGGGGAAAUGUACGAAAUAUAUUGCUAAAAUAAUACUAUUUUUUUCUUAUGCAAAAUUUUCAACCAGCAAUUUUGCUCUUACUUUUAAGGAUAGCAAUGUUUCUAAAAAAAAAUUUUACCAGGAAGGUACUUUAAAGAAGCCAAUUUUUGAUUUUCCCAAGAGUUUUCUCAGAAAAUGUGAAAAACCGGGAUAAAACAUGGGAAACCGGAAAAAUCGUAGGAAAACUGGGCAAAUUGGUACAACAUUAAAAAAAUGGUAUUUAAGAAAAUAUAUUAAGCAUAUUUAAUUAUUUUACAAAAAAAUGACAUAUAUAUAUAUAUAUUGUUGACAAAGCAUCACUAUCAACUAAGCUCCGCUCAGAAUCUUUUUUUGGUAAGCUAAGGCUUAUCGUUGCUUACAGAUAUAGAUUAAAUUCCCGUCUAUAUCAUAUGUUCCCAACCUCCCACCUACAUUAGUAGCUGCACCUGUCUCCAUUAUUUUACCUUUCUUUUUUUAUGAAGAUGAAUUCGUAUGAGGAGAGAGAUUAUCUAUAAACAGAACCCUCAAGAAUUGUGUUUUAGUUUCCGAACGUAGCGACACCAUUUUUUAAAUAACAACACUUAAGUGAGAAAAAACGUAGGAAAAUGUACAGUUUCACGAUUUCAUUAUUUUAUAAAAACACGGACGACGUUUUCUACCAGAAAAUAAUGAUUUAAUCGAAAAAUCACAAGAUACCUUUUUUGAUUUAAUUUCUUAUGGUAUCAUCGCCACAACUUUUGAACCGCUCUUGAGCUUUUAAGGAAUUUUAAAUUUUGAGAGAUUUUUGCUGUAAUUAGGUUAUAAAUACACGUAUUGACUUGAAACUUGGUAAUAAUACUUAUAUUGGACUUGCCUAGACAUAGUAAAAUUUCUAAAAUCAUCGAAAGACUUUUUUUUUAAUAAGUGUUUUGGAAAAUAAAUUAAACGAAAAUCGUAAAAAAAUGACAGCACUUCAAAUUAUGUAUUACCGAACUUCGUUAGAAUUUUCUUCCAUCAAGCAAUGGUUUAUCAUUGCUUACAGAUAUGAAUGAAAUAACCUUGUAUAUACUACCUUCCCAACUCUCACCUACAUCAGUGGCCACUCUCAUCCCUAGCAUCAGCUCUUUUUUCCUUAUUUAAUCGUUAAAAAGUUCAUGGUAUCAGCGACAUUUUAAACGAUGAGGUAGAUUUUUUGGGAUUAUUUUUACCUAGAGUUGAAAUAAGUGGGUUGAUUUGGCGGGACAGGUUGGUAAGAUAUUUUCUAUAUAUUAGAAGUUUGUUGUUUAAAGAACUUAGGUUUUAAAAUAGGCAAGGGAAUCAUAAAAAAAUUCUCAUAAUUUAUAUUUAUUUUUCAUUCUUCAAUUUUGUUGAGUUAUAAUUACAGUGUUUGAUAUGCUACAGAAUGAUAUCGGAAUUCGUACACAUGAUAGCUGUCAUUGGCGCAUGUUUCAAUUAAAGUGCUUUCGGUAGUAGAAAAGACUAAGGUAAACAUAGAGGUAUUAUAGAGGUCAGGCGAAAGAUCUCUAUCCAGAGGGACUCUAGCGUGAAUUUUAAAGUACGAUGAAAUUGCAUUAUGCCUAACAAAAAAUGUGCAGUUUGAAAGGUAGAAAUACACCAAUAGAUUCAAUAAUACCGGAAGAAACUUUUUUAAUUUAAAAGAAGAUCAGUAUACCAAACCCUAUUGAAAACUUAUUGGAAGAUAUCUAGAAAGACGCCGAAGCAGUUAUUUUCUAGACAAGACUUGUACCGCAGUGGCGUAGAUACAAUUUUUUCUGGAGAAGGGGGAGAGUUAAAGAUAGAACAAAACUAAUUUUUAUUGUAAAUAUAUUUAACGGAACUUGCAAUAUUAUUAUUUAUUAUUUAAUAUUUGAUAUUUUUCAUUUAUGUUUGUAUAUUUAUGUUUGACUUAUACACAAUUACUAACUAAAUUGAUUUUACAUCAUCUACUUAUUAUUUGUGGUAAAUUAAUAGGUACGAUGUAAAUGAAAAAGUUUAAUAUAAAUUAGCAUAAUAUUAAAAUCAUAACAAAAAUUUAAAAUAUUUAUUUUAAUACAAAAUCAACCCAAUUUUUUGUUUACUUGGAAUUUGAAGUAUAGAGAUAUUGAAAAAUGUAAUUCUUCAGCUAGUUUAGAUGCUUUAGAAUAUAUUUCAUGAAAGUAUUCAUUAAUAUUUUUGAAUUAAAUUAAUCUUUUAUUAGCCAAACCUAAAGCUGCUCUUAAAUCAAUGUCUACACUUUGAAAUUAUAUUGAUAAUGGUAAUUAAAUUGCAAACAUCUUGAAUAAAACGAAAAGUAAUACUAUAAAUUUGGCUUGUAAAAUAGAAUGUUUUAAAUUAUUUGCUUUACUUGAAGUAUCGCUAUCAUUCAAAUUGAACAGCUGAGUGAAAUACAGAUAAUAUUCCAAAAAUACGAAAAAUAAACCGAGGAAGCCGUCAAGGACUUUUCUAUAAAAAAAAAAAAAAACUAUUGAUUUUUAUGAUGUUAAUGGUUAUGUAUAUUGUAUAAAGACAACUUUUUUAUUCAAAUAAAAGGAAAUUUAACAGUUUUUUUUUACUUUUCCGAAAGUUUGGUAUUGAUCAAAGGAAUAUUAUCCUUUUUCCACUCGGCGGUUAUUAGUAAUUACUAAUAGUAUCUUAAUUCUAAUUAUGACGUAUUCUAACAAAUUGAUGAAGUCAUGAACAGAAUGGAAUCGUUAGAUUUAUCGAGUGGCACAGCUUUUCUUAAUACUAACGUAUAUCUUUUUAUUUUUUUAAUCGGGAGUUUUUUUUUGAAGGUGGCUAAUUCCUAAUUAACUACAUCACUGUUGUGCCAUCUUGUACUUUUAACGCUUGGUAAUUGGAUUUAAAACAAUCUGAUUUAUAAUUUAGUAUCAAUUUUUUGAUUGAAGUGAACAUAUGUUUAAAGCAUGCUUGUCCAAUGGAUUAUUUGGAUCUUUGCCAGCAAGAAUUAAUUCUUCGCUUUUUGUCAAUUAAGAGUUGAUAUUCGGAGACAAAUCGUACGAGUUUCUUUUGGGUGAAUGAUUUUCAUUUAAUAUGUAUGAAGAAUUUGAGACAGCCGAUUGUAUCAAAGUAAUUAUAUACUCGAAGCAACAGAGCAUUUAUCUAAUAGAUAAAGUAAAAAUUUAGUAUAACGCCGGGUACCUACUGAGUAGAAUCCUAGUCUUAAAUAUAACAUCGACUAUUUAGCCAUCGAGUAAUUGCCGGUUAACUGGAAUAUUUCUAAUACAUUUAACAUACAAAAACUACAAUAAAAGAUUCUGGACUCCUUUUAGAAUGAUGUGGUGACCUUUAAGAUGGAGAAGUCUUACAAUUGAGGAAUACUUCAAAAUAGAUUGAACAAACGACAAAUAAAUAGUUCGUAAAGCGAUGAUUUUUGAAAAAUGACGAAUAAAACUAAGCAUUUUUAAAGUAUUAUACUUAUCAUGCAAUACAGGGUGAAUUUUUUAUCAUGAACCAGUAAUUAUAUUAGAGGAUUUUAAGUGAAUUUGAUUAGGCAAUUUAUUACCCUUCUCUAUUUCUCCGGUCUAAACUUUAAACUGUUUUUACUCGUAAAUGGUUAAUCUGAUAUUAAUGUUAUUCAUAUCAAAAUUUCCAAAAAAUUAUUCUCUUUUUAAAUCUUUUUUUUCAAAAGGGGGAGAGGUUCCUAUUUGAAAAUCAAAAGUAUGCACUUAUUUAAGGUGUAUGGAAUAGAGGUAAAAAUUAUAAAUGGUUUUAAAAUAAAGCUUAAACGAUUCCAUAAUGAUAAGAAAAACAGAAAUCAAAUUCACUUAAAAUCCUCUGAGAUAAUUGCUGAUUCAUUAUAAAAAAACCCAUCCUAUAUACCUAUCUUAUAAGUAGAUGAAAAAUCAUUUUAGAUUUAAACAUAACACAUAUCUUUUCGUCACAAAAUAUCAAUUUUUCGAGUAAUUACCUAUUAUUAUAAUCGAAUGAUAAAUUUGUAUACAUAUUAUAUCUAUGUAAACGAGUAAAAGUUAUUAAUUUACAUUUCAUAAUAUUAAAGGAUAAAUUAUUUAGGCAACACCAUCAUUCUAUAAGUAAGUCUGUCUGAUUGGCGUGUUCUAGUAAAACCAGAAUACCAAAUAUUGAUUUAUAUUGACUAAUAUAUUUUCAGACUAUCAGAAAAGAGAAGCGUCUUUUUAUAAGUGGUGGGCAUAUCAUUUAUACGCAAGAUGAAUAAGAUUAAAGCUAUAUGAGAGCCCUGCGGAACAUCUAAAGGCAUCACAUAAAAAUCAGAAAAACAAUUUUUAUACUUCAAAAAUCAUUUCCUACAUGAAAAAUAUAAUAACAAUUAAUAAAUAAUAACCAAGGAAAUAUAGAGUUUUAAAUUCCCAUUUGUUCUAACUUUGAAAUAAGAAUUCCAUGAUUUAUGGAGUCAAAACUUUUGACAAGUCUCUACCUAUAAAUAACACAGUUGCGGAUUACUUUAAAGAUGAUUGGAGCGACAAACUUGCCGCCCCUAUAACACGAAUGGUCGACGCUUAUAAAAUGUAAAAUUAUGACUUUUUGAUUAUUAGUUUAUUACCACGAAAUUGCUGUCCUUAAAAAACACAAAAUAUAUUAUAUAUAAAGUAAAUAAAUGUAGUCAAUAAAUAUAUAAAUAAAAAAUGCACACAUAAAAAUAAAAUUAAUUAAUUAAUGUGUCGCCUGGAGUAUUAUGAUAAGUGUAUUUUUCUACCGGUUUCGAAUUAAAAACUCAUCAUCAGGUAUAUCACAGUCAAAAUAUAUAACGCGACGCAUUUGAUUCUUUAUUUUAUUUUUAUAAAUACAUUAAUUUUUUAUAUAUUUAUUUACAAGUAUUAAUUAUUUUAAUAAUUUUGUUUUUACUUUAUUAUUUUAUUAUACAUUAUAUGUCUAUAUAAUAAGGUAUAAUAUUAUAUUAACUCACCGAAGUAUUGCUCCCAUGAACACGGAAAACUAGAAUUUUAAUUUUUUGAGAAAAUAUGUUUUUCCGAUGUUUUCGCUGUUUCAUCGACGAAUAACGAUGAUAAUUAAUAUGCUACAAAUCUAUGAUGAUACUAUCGUUUUUUCGUUAGCAAUGGCUUAUCAUUGCUUACAGAUGUACAUUCAAUCCCCGUCUGUUUCCUACCUUCCCAACUUCCCACCUGCAACAGUGGCUGCACCCACGUGCGAAGUAUUUCCGUCCUUUUUUUUCAAAUGGCAUUAUAAUGAGUGAUUAAGAAAAAGUAGUGCAAAGUAUAAAAAGCUGUGAGAAGAGCGAAAAGAAAAUAAAAAAAGUGUUGUUAGAAAAACAAGAAAACUUGAGAUCAUUUUUCGCCGUAAUAAAAUUUAAUAUAAGUAAAAACCAUUUACUCAAUAACUUUUUUGAAACACUUCUAGUUUACUCAAGAUAUUAUUUUGAAAUUGUUUUUUUUCAAAAUGUAAGUUUUCUGUCAUCAAAUAUAUUAGUAUUUUCGAAAUUUCUUUUGAUUUUUAUUUUUUUUCCGAGAGAGAAAUUUCGAAUAUUAUGAACCAACUAAAAAAAAAAAAAAAAUACGUACAUUCUUCGCACGAUGAGUGGGCUUCAAUUUUAAGUGAGAAGUUGGGAUGGUAGAGAGGAAAUUUAAUGUAUAUUCGUACACAACAAUUAACCAUUAUUAACAAAAAACAAGUCUGAGUGGAGUUCGUUUAAUAGUGUUGCUUUGUCAACAAUAAAUAUGUCAUAUUAUUGUAAAAUAAUUACAUAGGCAUUAUAUAUUUUACAGUAAAAUUGCUGGAAGAAAAGUUGUUUACAGAAAUAAAAAAAAAAAAACAUUCUGUAAUCCAUUUCUGUACGAUAAGUUGAUGGUUAAGUUUUCAAUUUUAAUAACAUAUAUUGCAUAUUUCUGAAACGAAUCGUUUUAAAACUUUAAAUAAAACAAAUUUAACAUUUUCCGUUAUUACUCAAUUUUUUCGCGUAUCCUAGAUUAUGAACCGCUGUUCUACGCUAUGCGCGCGGGGUGGGUGCCUAACAAAUUGAAAAUCAAAAACAGCAGGUGUAUACCAAGUUUUAUUAAGGACAUUAAUGUCAAUUAUUUAGAGGUUAAUUACAAACAAGAAUAUCAAAUUUUAUAUUUGAACAUUUCACAUUUUGGUAACUAAUAGGUAGGUAACCUAUAUAUUUAAAUAAACAUAUAAUAGCCGCUGAGUAGAAUAGCAGCUGGUUUUGAGAAUGCAGGAACUCUCUUAAAAUAGUUUAGAACCAAGUCCUUCUCACCUUUGUUUUCUCUUUGUUCCAGUAUACCUAUCGAAAAUAUUUUUAAGAUGGAUUCGUUGAUUUAUAGUAGGAUCAUUAUUUAUACGAAUGGAACCAUACUCAGUUUAAAUGAAGCUCAUGUUUUUUUACGGAGUCUAUCAAAAACCACAGAUAAGUUGAGCAAAAUAACUUUGAUUAGACAAAUUAUGGUUGAUAUCUUAUAUAUAGGUACCCAGGCGAAAAACUCUAACAGGCUAAUAGGCUAUACAGAUAUCUCCGUGAAAGUGAUUAAAUUGUUUGUAAAAUGUUGACCAAAACCGUCUUGAGGAUUUAUGUACCUACAUUAAAAACGUUUAUUCCUUGACAGUAAUAAAAUUAAUUAUUAUGGGUCUAGUAAUUAUGGAUUGUAUUUUAUUAUUUUAUGUAAAUUUUAUUUAUAAAGUUAUUAAAACAGUUAAUAUUGUAUUUUGUACUGUGGUAAUUUAAUUUAUUUUUAUAUCAUAGGUAAAAAUAAAUAUUUAAAAAUGCCCGCUUCCUGCAUCUAUUCCUACAGAAUUAUAAAAUUACAUGGUUCAUUUAGCAAAUUUAAUGUUAAACAAUGUAUCAAUGUCACACACUGAUAUGCAUGUUAAAAACCAUCUCGUAUUUAAAUUGUUAAAAUAAAGACUUAGCUAAAUCAAUUACAAUAUUUUAUUAUUAUGAAAUGCUACUAAAACUAACUGAAACCUAGUUAAAAUGUGACAAAACAAACAACAAUUAGGUAUUAUUUUUAAUUAUUUUUACUAUUAUUAUUUAUCAAAAAUUAAAUGUCGAAAACAAAUAUAAAAUAAAUUCGGUUUUGCACUUUCGUUUGACCUUAACAUUUACAAACUAAAAAAUAUGACUAAUUUUUAGAAUAUAUCUUAAAGUUAUAGAUAUUCUCUUACAAAAUAGUAUUUCUAACUUAGGUGGGUGGUACCUACCUAUACAAUAUUAAUAUUAUAAUGAUUGCUGUUUUUUUUUUCUAGAUUAUUUGCCUUACCUACCUUUGUCAAACAUGGCAAAUACCGAAAACUACCAGUUAAAAUGGCAUAGUCAUGGUGCCCAUUUACAUUCUACCAUUGCAACAUUACACGGUACCACAGCAUUCACCGACGUAACCCUAAGUACGACUGACGGACGUAAUGUGUCGGCACACCGUUUCGUUUUGUCUGCGUGCAGCGCGUACCUGAAUCAAGUUUUUCAGAGCUGCUUGUCUAACAAUUUGGUCAUUGUUAUGCCUGCGGAUAUCAGUUACCGUACACUCUGCAUACUACUCCAGUACAUGUACAGCGGCGAAGCGACAGUCACCAAUAGCCAGUUGGAUCGGGUACUAAAAGCUGGCGAAGUAUUGCGGGUCAGAGGGCUAUGCCGAAGCAACGAGAACACUGUGGGCGUGGUGCCUAGACAGCAAACUCCUGACAAUAAUAAGGACGAUAAGUCAAAUCCCUGUAGAUCCAAAUUGGGAGACAUGCCGUUGUCAGUGAGAUCCGAUGGCAACGAGAAUAAGGAAAACGAAAAAGACAAAGACAACGACGAUGGCGAAAUGAAGAAGGAAAACUCGGAAAACGAAGAUCCUAUGCACAAUGCCCUUCAACUAGAGAUCACUGUGAAGGAAGAACCGUUGGAGUGGAACGAUAACGAUAGGACUGAAAUGACAAUCCAACCGGUACGAUAAAACAACAAUAUUGACCGUUAGAGGUUUGGCACCGAUGUUUAAAAAUAAACCUGUGACAAAAUAGAAAAUAGAAAAUCAUAAUACAUUCUGAAUCUAUUUGACAUUUAUUAAUUUUUUCUCCUGUUAAAAAAGAAUAGUUAAGGUUUUUUUUCCAAAUCUCAAAUGACAACUUAUAUUAAAAAUAAGCAUAUAUAGACUCAGUUUAAAUUAAUAUUUGAUUCUUUGACGAGAUAUUCCACUUUUAAUUUGGUAGUUUUGCAGGUAGAGAUAUGCAAUGUCAUUUAUGUGGAGACUCCAAUCAAUAUUUUAUGUUAUAUAUAUAUAGACAUCAGCGUUGCACCGAAAACUCACCUAUAAACUUGAUGUUUAAUAUAAAAUACCACACUUUUUAAAAUAUUAACCAAAUUUUUAGGAACUGUUUUCGAAUUACGACGAUGAUGACGAGGAAGCAGAUUCCGAUUAUUAUGCUCCAUUAACGUGUGACAUGUGUCAAGAAACAUUUCGAACUCCAGCCCUAUGGGUUAGACACAUACAAACUCAUGAAUUAGGCUCAAUUACCGAUUUACCAAAACGAAAACGGAGAAAAACCACGGUAAGCGUACAAUAUUUAUUUGAUUUUAAAUUAUUAUUAUCAUUAUUGUUAUAGGUAAUAAUUUAAUAAUGUGUCAACGAUUAACUAUCAUAAAUAAUAGGAUGAAGAUGAUGGAGGUGAGUUGCCCCCUUUACGAUGUGAACUGUGUCAACAAGAAUACCAGACACCCGGUGAUUGGGUGCGACACAUUCAAAGUGCACACACAGAAGAACAGUUGGCUAUUACAAAUAGUUUAGCCAGCGGUGGGUCGGGUAUUUUACCAUCAGUUAAACGACCACGACCAAGAAUAAUGAACGGACGAAAGGUGUGUCCGACUUGUACGAAAACAUUUCCAUCUCAUGCAAGCAUGUUGAUACAUAGUCGAACACAUACAGGCGAACGACCAUAUCAAUGUGGUGUCUGUAGUAAAGGUUUUAAUGUAAAAAGUAAUUUACUGAGGCACAUGAGAACAUUGCAUGAUACGGUAAUAAGUCCAAAUGCAAUGGUCGAAUACUGUAAUGCCCAAGAUGAAGUACCACCAACUUCAUAGAAUAUUCAAAUAGAAAUAUUGUUUCCGAGUUUAGAGCAAAUAUGUGUGUAUAUAU